GCUCACAAUUGUGCAAGCCAGUCCUGAAAGUACUUGACUGUCGCCGCGUCUGAUGUCAUCGCGUGUAUGACAUGACGUCAAUAAACUAACCAAGUUUUCCUCCAAAUUCUAGCUUAACCUUUUACGACCUCCAUGCCAUUAUUUUCUGGCCAGCAAUGCCGCCUAUCGCACCUUUGAAAGCCUGAAAUCCGUUAUAAACUUCGCGUAGCCUUCGCAAGCGCCUUGUGUUAGCAACGUGGUAGCAUCAAUGCAAUGGCCUUCUGUGCGCAUGAUCCGGCACAGGUUAGCGGACGAUGGUGGUAUGUCGUUGAAUCCUCGAGGCCCAUGCUACAUGUACGGCACACUUCAUGAAAUGAGGAUCUACCCGUUCACUCUCUUCCUCUCUCUCUCAUCGUAUCGCUUUUUGCCCCAGAAUCUGGAACACUGGUUCUGAUCCAAGUUUCAUGCCCUCUUCCAGUGGCAGCGCCAAGCUACGGAAGUCCUCGCGGCAGUCAGUUACUGGUGGUCGACAACUAAUAGGCUCUGUUCAGUGGAUGUUCAGCAACACAGCUCGUCGACGUGUAUCGUACCUGCCUACUGAGAUUCAAAAGCGAAAUUUUUUCGGUAUGGGGGAGAUUAUCGGUGUGCUCACUAAUCCUGCGGAAACUGUGCGUUCCCUGACCGAGUCCAAACGUCUUCUUGACGAAGCUCGCCGUGAAAUAAACGAGAGCCGCGAGCGAGCCCAAAUCAGAACGAAACAUACAUUUUCUCGGCUUCCAGGAUUUUUCCCUAGAAAAGCGGAGAUGCGUGCCAUUGAACGUGCUUUAGAAGGCGAUCCUUCUUUUACCGUUCUUUUUGGAGCAAGCUCUGUAGGCAAGACAGCCCUAUUGCGUGAAGUCCUCUCACGAGACACGUUUCAUGUUCUGCACUUUGAUCUCAGGAUGGCAGGAUUUGCCGAUUUGCCUAGCUUAUACAUGAGCCUCAGUCAUCAAAUGGAACAGUACUUUGAGGAAAUAGCUGACAAGAUGAACGGUUAUGAGCAAUUCGAAAGGGAGGCGUGGAGCUUCAAGCAUGACCGCCUUAAUGUCGAGCGCAGAAUUGGUGAAGCACAAGAAGGCUCUGGUGUCAGAAAGAUUACUACAAGCGAUAUAGCGAGGCUCAUGGAAUUAUUCCAGAGUUCGCUUUUGAAAUAUUGGGAGUUUGAGCCUUGCGUUGAAGGCAGCAAGCGCAACAAUCGAGACUCUGGUAGUACCCACUCUGACAGAACUCGCGUCGAGACGACUGCUUCGAAGAGUAGAUGGAGUUUUCGGAGGCGGCCAAAGGCUCGGACGUCUCAACCUGAUGAAUCAGAGCAUUCGGAAAAAACCAAAGAAAAAUCGAAGCCCCCUCCAAAGAAAAUGCCGGUCAUCUUUUUUGAUGAAGCACACAAACUGCAAGUAUCUCCACCCUCGCCAUCAGAACUGCCAGCCUUGAUACAGUCGACGGAUGCGAUGAAGUGUCUCCUCGAUUCGAUGCUUGUGCUGACGAAACAAGACCGACUUUGUCAUGUUAUACACGCGACUAGUGACCCCUUUUACCAAACAUGGCUUCGACAACUGAACGUCAUGCAGCAUUGCAAAAUAAUCACCAUCGGUGAUUGCAGCAAGUCUGAGACAAAGAAGUUUUACCGAGAGCGUUUACUUCCACGUGUUCCCGAUUAUUUGCGAUCUGGACUGGAUUUCGAGUCUCUAUAUGAGGCCUUUGGAGGCAAGUUUGCACACUGGCAAGACUACAUCACGGAUUAUGUCAACGCGAAUGGCUACAUGACAAUCAAACAAAGCUCUCAUUUCCUACAGGCACACGCGCUUCUCAACUUACAUAUCAUUCACUCCUCUCAGUCAUCUUCUUUGAGUCAUGAUAACGAACGAGGGGACGCCAUUGCCGACAAGCACACCAGUAUUCCGAGCGCUGAUAGCAUCCAUCCGGGGCUCGGUGCCGCUGGUUUCAAGAUCUAUUCACCAAUCACCAAUCCAGUCAGCCCAUCGUCACCUACUAGCCCGAAUUCCAACAAUCGAACAUUUUUCCUUCCGGAAUUCAGUGCCAUGGAGCUGCUCAAGGUCAUGAGCAGACUUGCGGCACCUGGUGCUACUUCCCUGUCAUACUUUAUGCUAUGUCGAGAGUUAGGUGUCAGAGCUGUGGAUGGGAUGGUCAAAGGCCGGGUUUUAGACCUUCGCUGGACAGAACCGGUAACGAAUGAAAAUAGCGAUGGGAGGGUGACACGGCCUGUGAGUACUGUGGCAGUCCACGGGCAAGGGCAUGGCCCAGAUGGCAGCACUACUGUGGUGGAUGCUCCUAUAGGAACCUUCGGCACUGCUGCUUCGACGGAGGAGGGCGACAUGGUGGCAAUAUCGGAGCAGGAGCGCGAUUACUUGGCCAAUAGGUAUUGGGAUGCAGGCGCCGUUGAAGUUGUGGCAGAGUAUGAGGACACUGGGUCAGUGUCUGAGUAUGCCUCGAUGACGGACGUUGAUGAGUAUUAAUACUAGGAACGUUACGUAUAAUAUAGGCUCGUAGGUAUUUGUAAUUUUUGUCAUGUUUCUGUUCACAUGCAUGGGUUCAUUCGUUCCAAUAGAGAACCAGCGUACUUAAUAUAAUUCAUCGAGGCA